GCCACCAACUUAAGUCGGCGCGGCACUUGGCCACCGUUCAAUAUAGCGGCAAUUUUGCAUUUACACGUUUUCAGACUACUACUCCAAAAAAGAGGAUUUUAGAGAGAGAUUAAUUUUCGAUUUCCGAUUCUCAUUACCGCCGAUCAACGAACGCCCACCAAUUUCUUCAUCAGUUCCAUAUUAUUUUGGAUAUAACGAUGGCACAAGACAGAAUUUUAGCACUAACGGAUCAAGUAGUGGCGUCUCUUAAUGCAAUUUUAGAUGCAAUUAAGGUUGUUAGAAAGGAAGGGUCUGAGAAGCUUAAUCCUAUAAUCAUCACUCAAGCUUUACCAGACAGUCUAUUGUCGGUGGAAUCUUUAUCUAUGGAUGUUGUUGUAUAUAUCAGUAACUCAUUUGAGCUUCCCAGCGAUCAAUUGCUUAUCAACAUCUCAAGAGUGUUGAAGCCUGGUGGAACUGUCCUUCAUUGGACUUCUCAAUCUGCUAAUUGGAAAGUGAAAGACUCUUCUCUCAAGGGCAAGUUUCUUCUGGCUGGUUUUCUGGAUGUACAAUCUGCUGAAAAUGGCCAGUCCUUUGGGAUUAUAGGCAGGAAACCUUCGUGGAAGAUUGGUUCAUCCUUCUCAAUUAAGAAAACCUCACAGUCUCUACCUAAAGUGCAAAUCGAUGAUGAUAUGGAUCUGAUUGAUGAGGAUAGUCUCCUAACUGAAGAGGAUCUGAAGAAACCCCAGCCACUACCUGGUGAUUGUGAAGUUGGAAGCACAAGGAAAGCCUGCAAAAAUUGCACUUGUGGACGUGCUGAAGCAGAGGAGAAAGUGCAGAAGCUUGGACUUACCAUGGAUCAGCUAGAUAAUCCUCAAUCUGCUUGUGGAAAUUGUGGUCUAGGUGAUGCUUUCCGUUGCAGUACAUGUCCUUACAAGGGUCUUCCAGCAUUUAAAUUAGGCGAGAAGGUAACUUUGUCUGGGAACUUCCUUGCAGCUGACAUUUGAUUGGCAAGAAGUUGAACCUGGAAGUCGUAGUUGUGGUUUGUUCUUUGAAGAAGCUAUGCUGACGGUGUAGGUGUUUUGGGUCGUUUGAUGUCGAUGUCUUUAUGAAGGAAAAUCAAAUAAGUUGUUUCGAAUUUUUACCUUGGAUGGAGAGUAAAUGAAUGACAAACAGAAAAGUAACUUGUAUGCUGGAUAUGAUAAUCAUUGCUACUGAAUUAUUAUUAUUUUUUGAUCUAUUGAUGCGUGAUCCUGUUUUAAA